GGCGGCAGCGGCGCAGCUCCGAUCUCCGCGCGCCUCCCGUCCCCGCACCCACGCAGGGAGCGCAGACCCCGCCGCCGGGAUGCGGCCGCCCGCCCGCCGGGGUCGCCGCCUCGCCCUGCCGGCGUUGCUCGCGCUCCUCACCUGCUCCCUGGCUUUUGCUUUGGUUGCUGAAGAUAGAAAGAAAGAGGUCAAGCAGUAUCAGGAUUUGGGGAAAAGUGGUGUAUCCAGGAAAAAUGACAUAGACUUAAAAGGAAUUGUAUUUGUCAUCCAGAGUCAAAGUAAUUCUUUUCAUGCAAAGAGAGCAGAGCAAUUAAAAAACAUCAUCUUAAAGCAGGCCGCAGAUCUUACACAGGAACUCCCCAGAGUCCUUCUCCUUCAUCAGCUGGCCAAGCAGGAAGGUGCAUGGACCAUACUUCCGUUGUUACCACACUUUUCUGUAACAUAUAGCAGAAAUUCAUCAUGGAUUUUCUUCUGUGAAGAAGAGACAAGAAUACAGAUCCCAAAACUUAUAGAAACACUCAGAAGAUAUGACCCAUCUAAGGAAUGGUUUUUAGGAAAAGCAUUACAUGAUGAAGAAUCUACAAUAAUUCACCAUUAUGCCUUUUCUGAAAAUCCUACGGUUUUUAAAUAUCCAGACUUUGCUGCUGGCUGGGCCCUUAGUAUUCCACUUGUAAACAAGCUUACCAAGAGGUUAAAGAGUGAAUCCCUGAAAUCCGACUUUACAAUAGAUUUAAAACAUGAGAUUGCCCUCUACAUCUGGGACAAGGGCGGAGGACCUCCCCUUACCCCAGUGCCUGAGUUUUGUACAGACAGGACAGACUCCUACUGUGCUACCACAUUCCAUUCUUUUCUACCACUUUGUGGAAAGCCAGUGAAGAAGGAAGAUAUUUUUGUUGCAGUAAAAACAUGCAAGAAAUUUCAUGGUGACAGAAUACCCAUCGUAAAGCAGACCUGGGAAGGACAGGCAGGUCUCAUUGAGUACUACAGUGACUACGCAGAAAGUUCAAUCCCCACUGUGGAUUUGGGAAUUCCUAAUACAGAUAGAGGUCAUUGUGGAAAGACAUUUGCCAUUUUGGAAAGAUUUUUGAAUCAUAGCCAUGGCAAAGUAACAUGGUUAGUCAUUGUAGAUGAUGAUACAUUAAUAAGUAUCUCCAGGCUGCAGCACUUGCUGAGCUGUUAUGACCCCAGCGAGCCGGUGUUUCUGGGAGAGCGCUACGGCUAUGGCCUGGCCACCGGCGGCUACAGCUACAUCACAGGAGGAGGAGGGAUGGUCUUUAGCAGAGAAGCCAUCAAAAGACUUCUCGCCAGUAAGUGUCGAUGCUACAGCAACGAUGCCCCCGACGACAUGGUCCUGGGAAUGUGCUUCAAUGGGUUGGAUGUCCCUGUGACACACAGCCCUCUCUUCCAUCAGGCUCGGCCAGUAGAUUAUCCUAAAGACUACCUUUCUCAUCAAGUUCCCAUAUCGUUCCACAAACACUGGAACAUUGACCCAGUGAAGGUGUAUUUCACCUGGCUGGCACCCAGUGAGGAAGACAAAGCCAGGCAGGAGACACCGGAAGGUUUCAGGGAAGAGUUGUAAAGCCUGGUGGCCCGUGAGCAUUGGAUGGGGAGUAGAAGUGGAGACUAUGACCUUGCCCACUGGGCUGUGCUCCUCCCGCUGCAUGCCACGUGGCACCGGACGCUUCCUAACUUUAGUGCAAAUUAUGUACACGGUAUGUUUUGACAAGGGAAGGAAAGGAGUCAUAGGAAAAACAGAUUUUUUUUUUUUCUGGGAAAAAUCACUUUUAACUUACGCAGUUAUGGUAACACAUGGUGAUUACUGUGUAUUUUUCAAGCUGUGAUUCGGAAGCUUUAUUACUGUCACAGGAAAAUAAAUGGUACUAGAAGUCCCUGUUCUGCUCUCUCUCUUCAUUGUAAUGAAAGUUUCAGUUGGGCCUGAGACUCGAGAGAUGUGUCUGUUAUUAACAAAAGUGAAAGUAUUUUGACGUGCGUAUUGCCAGUGGUAGGAACUUUUAAACCAUAUUUUGAUGAUGAAAAUUAUUUCCUGGGAACCCAGUAGGAGUAAUGCUGUAUUCAGGAUCAUUCAUGAAACGUCAUAAAAGUCCAGAUAUGAAAUUCCCUGUAGUCUAUAAUAAUGGUUGUUAUGUUUUAUCUAUUCUUUUGUUGUUUGUGCCUCAUAAAAAGAGAAUAGGAGGUCUACUGUUAGAGCUUCCUAUUUCUUUAGGAGUUCAUCUGUGUCCUAUUUCUCCUGAAGCCCUAUCUUUAUAACCUACUUAGAACAUGAACGUGUACUGGAUGCUGUGAGAAAAUAGUGUCAGUAUUUAAAAACGAUGUUGACAUCUCUCAUUCAAGUCAGCAAGCUCUGUGAGUCUCAUGAACUGAGUUACAUUUUGACCUGAUGUUUUACUCUUGGUUUUUUUUUAAUGUUACUGAAUGACUCUCUCCUGACUUAGAAUAGUUCCUCCCUCCGCCACCUCCCAACCCCCAGCACCAUGAAAUCUUCAUGGAAGGACGGCAUGGUGAUUUGGUAAUUUCUCUGCAUUCUGAAAGAAUGAAAUUUGAACAUGGUAUUUUGAAAUAGCUCUAAUUUUCAAAUCAU